GAAUUUCUUGCUGCCGUCCCUGGGACGAUCACAUCACAUGCGGGAUCCCCGGCCAAUCAGACCCCCUUCGCCUCUUCCCCGCGGCUACUUACAGGCUCGCUGCAGCUCUCAAUCUUUAAGGCUGCCCCAACAAUUCUUUGCAGCUGUGCUCGACCUCGAAAUUCAACUAGCUAAUCAAUUGUUCCUCACAAAAGCAGCGGCAAACCGAAAAAAAAAGGCAUCCAUUUCCCUGCUACCACCGAGAGAGGCGCGUGUCGAAGCAAUGGACGUGCAACCCGCGCACCGCUCGCGGCGCUCCUUUCCAAACUUGCAGCAUCUGUCGCUCGCACCUCUCAGCUCGCGAUUCCCCCUCGACGGAGACGACUUCGAAGCUGAGCCAGACCACGAUGCCGAUCGUAUACGGCUGUCCUACAUCCAGGGCAAGUCGGCCCCGACAACGCCUAGCAUUCUCGCCGAAAGCCGUAACUCAAGCCGCCCGCGGAGCGCCAGCAAGAGUGCGAAACGACGCUCUGCACACGGACACGAGCAUUACUUCUCACCAGAUCUCAGGUUCGAGGACAUGCACUUGCCAAAGGCAAAGAGCGCUGUGGGGUUGGUCGACGCCGCGGCUGGCGGAAGACUACAUCAUGCGCGCAGGGCUACGGGGGAAGGUACGCUCAGUCCUAUGCAUACCAGACAUGUCCCCAGAGAGUCAAAAAGCAGUAAUGACGACGACGAGUGGCUUCACAGGGCGGGAAUGAUCAUGUCAGCAGAGGCUCGAGAGAAUAAAGGCCAGAGUUGGCUGGUGAGCAGAGAUAGUUCGACGUCGCUCGUUGCGUACACGAUGUCGGGAGAGCAUCUUGACGACGACGUGCAAGGUGCACCGACGUCGCCCUAUCUCUCCCGCACGCAGAGUCACAUCGCCAGCCACGUUGCCAGUCGUGUUGGAAGUAGAGCGCCAAGCGCAAGGACAAGCCGACGGGGUUCUUUGGCCGCCGGCGGCAGCAGAGUCGGCUUCAUGACGAGCAUGGAUGGAAAGACGCCUGGAUCAGUAGUAGCUUCCGAGGGUUACUUCGACGACGUGGCAGACAUCGCGGAGCCGGAUUUCGUGGAUCCGGACGAAGAUGGCAUUGUAGAUGACGAAGAGGUCUCACGUUUGGCGAAGCAGAAGUCGUUCGGGUUUGGGAGACUUAUAGAUCGAAUGGUAGGGUUCUCCUUGUUCAACGUGGAUGAAGAUGCAGAGGAGGUAGAGGAUGACGAGUCCGAGCUGUCCAAAGAGGAAGCUUUGAAAAGAAAGCAGGCGGCGCUGAAAAGGAGGAGGGAAGAGCUUGCGAAAGCCGCAGAGAGUUCUGCCUACGCCACGAGAAGAGCUGAUCAGAUUGAGCCUGCAAAGCAAGGUGAAGAAGGGGGCUGGCAAGAUGCCGCCUGGCUGUUGAGCGUAGCGUCUAAAGUGCUCUACUAGCGUUUAUCUAAUUCAGACCAACCGUCCUAGA